AUGCUCAGCACACCACGCAGUGACAACUGUAAACAAAGUCAAAACAACAUGCUAUCCAAGAUUAUUAACAUCUUCUUCCUGCUAGCGCUGGUCGCUGCUGCUCCCGUUCGAGAGGAGACCCUAGGGCGUGCGGAAGCUACUGAAGACGGUGCAAAGUAUGCUGAGGACAAAGGCGCUGGUCGUCCCGUCCUCUCUUAUGUCUUUGGAGCAGCCGGCUGCUUGGUCAUCUUAGGCGUUAUAUUCUUUGCGUACUGCAAGUAUAAGCGUGGUGCGCGCGUGCUGGGCAUGCAGAAGAAGUCAAAUGCGGCAAAUAUGCAGCAUACUGAUGUCGAGAUGUGCCAUCUUCCUGUGGCGCCCUCGCACGGCCGGAACCGCACCAUCUUGUCGCAGUACGGGACAGACAAUCCGUACGGGUGGCCUUCUAAACCAGCGACCCCUAUAGCUGCUGUAGAUGAACGGUGGCUCCAGGACUACACCAAGCCGUUGCCUCGUCUUCCCGGCCAAACUCAGACUUCGGAGGAGCCUCAAGUGAAGAAGCCUGCCCCAGUAGCCCAGCCUCCAACUAAUAUGGGCCGGAAGCCGGUUCCUGGAGCGCCCAUUCGUCAGAUCUUCCCGAAUAGUUCGGGAUACUACCAGACCCACCACUAUAGAUAG